UCCUGGUUAGAGAGUGUUAAGAUGUCUGGACGUGGAAAACAAGGCGGCAAGGCUCGCGCCAAGGCCAAGACGCGCUCGUCGCGCGCCGGCCUGCAGUUCCCGGUGGGCCGCGUCCACCGCCUGCUCCGCAAGGGCAACUACGCCGAGCGGGUCGGGGCCGGCGCGCCCGUGUACCUGGCGGCCGUGCUCGAGUACCUGACGGCCGAGAUCCUGGAGCUGGCGGGCAACGCGGCGCGCGACAACAAGAAGACGCGCAUCAUCCCGCGCCACCUGCAGCUGGCCAUCCGCAACGACGAGGAGCUCAACAAGCUGCUGGGCCGCGUGACCAUCGCGCAGGGCGGCGUCCUGCCCAACAUCCAGGCCGUGCUGCUGCCCAAGAAGACCGAGAGCCACCACAAGGCCAAGGGCAACUACCUGUUUUGGUUAAUUUUGGGAUGGCUUGCACGAUGGCCGCAAGUCACCGGCCGCGCGCAAAUAGCUGGCCCCGCGCAAGGCCACCGGCGGCAAAAGCCCCACGCGAGCAGCUGGCAACCAAGGCAGCCCGCAAGACUUCAAGACCGACCUGUGCUUCCAGAGCUCGGCCGUGAUGGCCCUGCAGGAGGCCUGCGAGGCCUACCUGGUGGGGCUCUUCGAGGACACCAACCUGUGCGCCAUCCACGCCAAACGCGUCACCAUCAUGCCCAAGGACAUCGUUGGCACGCCGCAUCCACGGGGAGAGGGCGUUAAUUCUUUUAAGCCAGUGACCAGAGCCUUUGAACCUUAUGCUCAAAGGCUCUUUUCAGAGCCAACGACUUUUUCUAUGAAAGAUUGCUGUGCACUUGUUUUAGGUUUUUUUAAAUUGUGAAAGAUACUGGAAAAACCAAGUGUUACAAA